CGGAUUUAAAGGUUUAAACUUAAUACUUUUCAAGUUUUACACGUAGUACGACUUUCGCGAUCACUAUUAUUCACAAUAAAGGUUUUUGGGUUAGUAUAAACGUGCCGUAACCCUCCACCACUCGAAACCCAGUAAGACUGUGUAUCGGCGGGCACAACCAUGAUCCAACGGGGGCUGCCGGGCGGGCGUGGAUGGCCCGGAGCGGAUCUGAGUGAUGCUUCGUUUUCUGACGAGAGCACAGGUCUCCCCUUCAGGACUACAAGGUUGGCGCCAGAGCGAGGUGUGCCGGGACCCAGGGGGAGUGUGGGGAGUGGGCUGGGCAUGGUGGGGCCCAUGUUUACGCCUCAGUGGGGCCCAAGUCCACUCCCUGGCCAUGCCUCACCCACGGCGACUCGCUUCCUCAAGAAAAAGCCUCAGACGGACGUCCAUGUGGGCACCAGCGUGGCCAGGACGUCUGCGUCGUCGGCAGCGGCGCUGCAGCGCCUGUCUCAGUUCGAGGAGAAGCUGAAGGCGCGGGUGACGGGGCCCACGGCGGUGCCGGGCGGGCGACGCCAGCCCUCGGCCUCCUCUUCGCCGGGGGCAGCACCCUCCACCGUGGAGCGCUCCAUGAGCAUGCCGGGCGACGAACUCAGCGGCAAUGGCAGCCGAUUCCUCAAAAAGAAGAAGACGACGACGAUGAUGACAUCUACGCCGGCAGAAUCAUUGGAGGAUACAGAUCCUCCAAGGCCCUCGGCGUCGGCUGCCCCUCGCGAGGAUGCAUCGCGCAACCGUGACGCAGCCCGGACGGGCGGUUCUGGGGCCAGGACUCGGACGCCUGUGGGGGCUGUGGACAGCGACGAGGAGGAGAUGCGGCGACUCUUGGGCAGCUCGUUUGAGAGCCACGACUCUGAGCGGAAGCACGCGCGGAGCCCGCAGACUCCCACCAACCGCAACCGGUUUUUAAAGAUGCGCGAAGCGGCUUCGACGGAGCCGCCUGGCGGUAGUGCCCCUCGCCUCCCACCGUCGUCGCCGGAGAUGGGGAGAGCCAAGCGAUCCCCGGUCCACGAAGACCGCACCACGAGAUCGCCUAGCGUGAUGAGGAGAGGCACGGUCAAUCGAUCGCCUUCUCCCUCGUCCAUACGGAGUGAGGUGAACUCUGAUGACGAGCGAUUCUCGGACGCAUCGGUGGCCCCGAGUCGACGGGAUGACGUUUCAUCGGCUUCGACCUCUGACGAUUUCAAGAUGAACCUGAUGACCGUGGACGACCUCCUGCCUGCCCUUCCUAUCAGUGAUCCACCGCCAAUUAAGCACGGCCACGAGAGAUCCGCGCUUAGCUCCGACGUGCGACAGCCGAAGGCUCGCCACCUAUCCGACAAGCCAUCCGCGGGCACGAGAAAUCUACGAACGCCCUCUCCGCGCGCAAGGAUGAGCAGCGAGAACGGCAGCAUAGAGAAGAGCAGCGAGAUCGCUACCAUGUCGGAGGUGAGCGACGUGUCCGAACGGCUGGAGGUGGCCUCCAUCAGAGAUGGCGGCGGCGACUACUCCUCCGCCUCGUCUUUGUCGCACGGCAGAAUCGGGAGCCACGGAGGGAAAUCCUCGCGCUCCGUGAGCCCCGUCGACAGUGACAGCGCCGCCUCCAACUACUCGGAGGACUUUGAGGAAGACGACGAUUCGCGUGACGCUGGCGCGAGGACACCGUCCCACUCAACAGAGUCGUCCACGCGCUCCCAGAGCCUGACCUCCAGAAGGAGCUCACCGCGGCCCGGGGCUAGGAGGGAAUCGUCGAGGCUGCGAACGCGUGGACUGACCGAUUCGGUGCGAAGAGAUGUGAAGAGGCGAGGGAAGAAUGCGUCAGUGCAGACUGUGCCUGGCCUUAGCUAUGCGUGGGUGCAAGAUGCUGCGCUCGCAGCAGAGAACGCUGGGAAAUACGCGGCCCCAAUGCCCAUCGCCUCUCACUUCAUCAGCGGGGAAACGCUGGAAGCCCUCACCACGCACCGCCCCUCCACGCUGGCGCUCGAGGAGCUGCUGCGGGGACAGCUGGAGCUGACGCGCGACUUCGUGUCGCGGUGCCACGGCCUGCAUGCCAGCCUGGUGGAGGCACUAGCCCAGGAGCGAUACCCCUACACCACGCUCGCCGAGACGCGACAGUUUCUGGAGCGGAACCGCCGGCCGAAGUUGACGAUGGAGGAGGCGCAGGAGCAGGUGUUGCGUGAGAUGCGGGAGUACCAUUACUUGUGAAGAGCUUUUUGGAAAGGGUGCGGAGCAGAGGUCGCAAACGGGUUUUGAUUCCUUACCCGUACCUGUACCCGGCCGCACCAGGGUCACAAACGGGUACCCGUACCCGGCCGUACCCGUACCCUACACCCGUACCCGGCCGGGUACGGGUAUCGGGUACCUGAUUGCGACCUCUGGGACGAAGCCAUGUUGCAGGCGUGGGUCGGUUGAUUCUAGGAACUUGAAUUGUGAGAAGAGACAAGACGUUGGGAAAUGAGUGACAAACAGUUACUCACCAGUGACUCACGGUCUACCCGUACCCGUACCCGGCCGCACCAGGGUCGCAAACGGGUACCCGUACCCGGCCGGGUACGGGUAGCCGGGUAUUGGGUAGGGUACGGGUAUCGGGUACCCGGUUGCGACCUCUGGUGCGGAGUAGAAUCCCUACCCAACCAUUUUGAAGGUGCUGGGUGCUAAUGCUCACCCUCCCCCACCCCCUCCUAUGUAUGUUGAACUUCUUUCACACCGUACGUAGCCAACCGUGCUAAUCGGAGGUGCAGGAGGACAACCCAAACAAAAAGGCAGUUCGAAAGAAAUUGGUUUUCAAUCUUAAUUUAAAAGUGCAUAGCUCCAAUGGCUUGCUAAUAUCAGAAAAGCGUUCCAGAUGGCUGCAGAAGUGCAUCUGAAAGUGCACGAUGCAGUGACCGUCUUUGUUCAACGGCGAGCCAAAAGCCGCUGCGAGAUUGACUGGAGUCCGCAUGAUGGUUUAUUUCCUCUUUGACGAGAACAGCAAAGUAUUGUGGUUCAAACUUAGACUGGGUAGGUGAACAAGAGACUUUAACCCCCCCACCGCUAAAAAUUCCUGUGGACAGGCUUACAGUUGGGCUACAAUUUAACCAUAAAUAGUAUUACCAAAUAAUUUUUACUAUUCAGGUAAUAUAUUUACUAGUUGACUCGUGGGCCGUGGUCACAUCUGCGGCAUUACAAACAUGCUGCCUGCUUGCACAUAAUUGAUUCUAUGCUUUUAUUACCAUAAAGCAACUGGGAAGUUAACACUCUGUAGGCCCCAUCCCUUCCUUUAUGGCUCCAUUGUCUCUUCAUCCUCUUUUGGGCACCGUCACCUUUCCUUUUUUAGGAACCAUGCCCCUCCUUGUUUAGGCCCUGCCUAUUCCUCCCGACACACAGGUGGGUGGUUGGGGAAGGUGGGGAGUGAGUGUUUACAGCAGUGGUAGUCGUGGGCGGGGACCGUAGGCAGGGGUGGGACGGCUGAAGGACGCUGACCAUAAUUUUUAGUGCAGUAACAGAAAUUGCAAAGGUAAUUCAAUAUAGUUUACAUCCAAUGCAUUUGCCGAUGACCAAAUCGCCUAGAAUGUGCCCAAUCUCAUCAGACCUUGGAAGCUAAGUUGGGUUGAGCCUGGAUAGUGCUCCGAUGGGCAACCAUCAGUUGCCCAGCUGGGCAGCUACAUUGUCAGCAGAGGGCAAUGUACUAUGCUGUAAUGUAUAUUACAGGUAGGAACAACAUUUCCACACUGCCCACCAGGGAUUAUUUGUCUGUCUGUCUAUCGUGCAUAGCCACACCCUCGAUUUGUAUUUCAUAGAGCGCUUCGGGCGGGCUCAGCACCACGUGACGCGCCGCCCCACCCCACGCAGCUUGCGCCGCGUGACACGGAUCACACGAAUGCGCUGUCCAACCAAGUUCCUACCUGCCCACUUCGAAGGAACGUGUUCUCUCUGCUUUCAUUAGCGUGAGCUAGGGACAAACACAAUCCACACGACUGAUACAAUGUGGGAAGGCCUUCAUCCAGCAGUGGAUUGACAAAGGGGCUAUAAUUUAAUAUUGAAUUGCAGGAUACAUUCAUUUACGCAGUGUCAAACUAUUAUUUUAAAAAGAAUAUAUAGCAUUAUAGGGUUUUUUAACAUUUAAGGUGAACUGCAAUGUGUUUGUGUAAAAGUGUGGUAUAUAAUUAAAACGUUCCAAACUGUU